CGCAUUGAAUGCAUAUUAAAUCUCGACUUUCGUGUUUGGAUGUUGCUCUCCGUACACUACAGAGUGACUUGCUCGACAGUGAGCGACUAGUAAGGUACCAGUCUCAAUCAGCAAUGGACACUUGAUUACAUCACCGCAAACCACACCCGGCCAUGGAGUCCAAGCCGGCUGCUGAAGGGCUGCGGGAGCGGCACAAACGGGGUUCUGUCCGAGAUGCAAACAAAGACACAGGCGACGCAGACAGGGCCGAAUCGACAACAUCAAAAGUGCACCCCCAAGUCCUAGCUGCCCAAGUUGAAGACGUCCUAACGUUGCUCCUCGUCUUCCGUUUCAUCAACGCCCUCUGCGUGCGCACCUUCUUCCAGCCAGACGAGUACUUUCAAGCCCUCGAGCCAGCAUGGAGUAUUGCUUUCGGCCCCAACAGCGGCGCCUGGCUGACCUGGGAGUGGCAACACCAGCUGAGGUCGUCUCUCCACCCCGCCAUCUUUGGCCUGGCAUACAAGGUCGUCGAUGGCGCCAUGGAGUUCCUGAAUUUGUUCCCGCCUUUCAGAGCAUUCAUCCUGGCCGCUCUUCCAGGGGUACUACAAUCUGUGUUCGCUGCCCUGGGGGACUUUUACACCUGGAAGCUGGCCAUGGACAUGUACGGCAGAGAGAGCAACGCCCCGUGGGCUGCGCUGUGGAUGGCGGUCCUCAACCCCUGGCAAUGGUAUUGCUCUACUAGGUCUUUUUCCAACUCACUGGAGACAACUUUGACCAUAGCUGCGCUCUCGUACUGGCCAUGGGAGGUACUUGCUGAAACACGAGCGGCCAAGGAAGGCCCGUUGCAGGAAAACAGUAGGAUGACGAGUCUCCGGGUUUCCCUUGCGCUUGCGGCUGUCGCCGUGCUGUUGCGGCCAACCAACCUGCUGAUAUGGCUUGCUGUCCUGGGUUCUUCCCUCGCACGGCUAACCUUCACCGGAGCAUCGCCUUGGAACACAUCGACCCUGGUGCUCUUCCGAGAGAUUGCUGUCUGCGGCACUGCGGUGUUGGGCAUAUCUCUCGUCUCUGAUCGCCUGUACUUCGGCUUCUGGACCUUCCCGCCCUACAAGUGGCUUUAUUUCAACCUCUCCCAGUCACUUGCCGUCUUCUACGGCCACAUGCCGUGGCACUACUAUCUUUCCCAGGGUGUCCCACUUCUCACCACCACUUUCCUCCCGUUUACCCUGGUCGGCCUCUUCAAGGCAGGUUCAUCUGUCAGGGAUCCCUCCCACCUCCAACGCAACAUCCUCCGUACUCUCGCAUUUGCCGCACUAACCAUGAUUACGACCUUAUCCCUCAUAUCGCACAAAGAAGUCCGCUUCAUCUACCCACUCCUCCCCAUCUUCCACAUCCUCGCAGCACCUUACAUCACCGCCUUCUUCACCCAACCCACCACGCCGUCCCAUUCUCGAAUCAGCCCAGUCACCCUCCGCCACAAGCGAACCCUCGCCAACCUCCUCUCCCUCAACCUCCUCCUCGCAGGCUAUCUCUCCCUCUUCCACCAGCCAGCGCCCCUCUCCGUCCUCUCCUUCCUACGGACCGAGUUUGAGCGCCUGCACCCCGACACCCUGAAUCUCAGGCCGGACCACCACAACAACAAAGAACAACGACAAACCGCCGCAGUCGGACCGCGGCAGCAGCCAAAGGAGUUAUUUGCCCUCUUCCUCACACCCUGCCACACCACCCCCUGGCGCUCGCACCUGGUCUACCCGGCCCUCCGCGCCCGCGCCCUGACCUGCGAGCCGCCGCUGCACACCGCGCCCGGUUCCCCCGAGCGCGCGACAUACCUUGACGAGGCAGACCGUUUCUACCGCAGGGUGUCCCCUGACCGGGGUGAUUAUGGAGUGCAGUUCCUAGCGGACGAGAUGUGGCCCGCUCUGACGAGUAAUGGGGGCGGAGAAACAACCACGAAAAAUACCCGCCGGGGGGGGGAAAUGCCGCGGUAUAUCGUCGGGUUUGAAGGGAUCGAGCCCGUGUUGCAGAGGUUCUUUGGACAAGAAGGAGAAGAAGACGACGGUGCGGCGCCGGGACGGGAAAUGGGCGUGAGACUGAGAAGGGUGUGGUCUGCCUGGAACGGGGCGUUCAAUGAGGACUGGCGGAGGAGGGGGCGGUUGGUGGUCUGGGAUACCGGGGUUUAUGCAGGGUCGUAUGAGGGGGAGGACAAGUUAAGAGAGAAGAAGGAGAAGGAGAGGGUUGUGGAUGAGCCUUAGUUGGAAGCAGGAGGAGUAAGUGUAGGGAGUGUGAGAUAUGGGUGUGACGGGAUGGUUGCUAGAUACUGUCGACGAUUAGGUGGUUAUGGAGAAUUGAUGGUAAUGACAGCGGCUUAGCAUAUCUUCCGUUUGUUCCUCCUCUCCAGCUUAGAACUGUGGAAGAAUCUUUCGAAGCUAGGAUAUAGCCACCAUACUGCCUGGCAAGCUCGCAGAUGAUAGCGUAUUCCAGAGACAUGAGCAAGCAACAGCUAAGAA